AAAUGCCACCCUAGGAUAUUAUCUACUCAAUAAACUAUAAAUACAAAAAGCAGCUGAAACUCCAGCAUUUAAUCACCAUGCUUUCUCGACUUUCCGUCAAUCACCGCUUCAAUGGCGCCGGCGGCAUCCCCAUAUUCUUCAAAUCCGUCUACAGGUACUCCUACUGCACAGCCAUCCAAACUGCUCAAUCUCCAAAUGCUGCUUUGGUGGAUUUCCUCGUUCAGUCGCUUGGUUUUUCCAAAGAAACAGCCGUACGCAGUUCAAAUAAGGUAAGUCGCGCUAAACCCUUUGACGAUAAACCAGAAAAAGUGGUCAAUUACUUAGAGAAUUUGGGUGUCAGCAAAACCCAGAUCAGGAAAAUAGUUUCCGCAGACCCCAGGUUAUUGUUCUAUGAUGUGGACAAAACCCUUGAACCGAAGGUUAGUUUCUUCCGGGAACUUGGCUUCUCCGGGUCGGACUUAGGCAGGUUCAUUUCUGUUGGUUCGCUUACUUUAGGAUUGGAUUCUUGUAUUAAACCUAGAAUUGAUUACUUUCGGAAAUUAUUGGGUGGUGAUGAGAAAGUAGCCUUGGCAUUGAAGAGAUGUUAUUUCCUUCUGAGUUUUGAUCCUGAAAUGGUGGAAAAGAACAUUUUGCUGCUUAGAAACUUUGGCAUUACUGAUAAAAAUAUCGGUGGAUUGAUUACUUGGAAUUCGACGCCUUUUUUGGGAACAACCACUCAAAGUCUUCUGGAAAGGUUGCUUAGGGUGGAAAAUGAUUUGGGGAUUCCUCGCCAUUCUCCUGUGUUCGUACAAGGGGUCAAACUCCUCAGCUCGUGUAGCCAGUCGAAUAUGGAGGCGAAGUUCCGAUUUCUAAGAUGUUAUGGCUUUUCGGAUGAGGCUAUAUUUAAAAUUAUUAGGCUUUAUCCUAAUUGUUUAUCCUUGUCAAUAGAUAGAUGGAAAAGAGCUUUAGACUAUUUCAUCAAGGAACUUGGGUAUGAUACUGAGUACUUGGCUUCCCACCCUAAACUGAUCGCCUAUGAUUUGGAAAGAAGGGUUAAGCCAAGAAACGAAGUCUUGAAAAUUCUGAAUGAAAGGAAAUCGAAAAGGUGUGCCCUUUGUUCUGCUCUACACAUAUCAGAGCUGAAGUUUCUGAAGGAUUUUGUUCUCCCUUACAAGGAUCAACUUCCUAAUAUGCAUGAAGCAUAUAUCAAGAAGGUCAAAAAGCAGGAAAUUGAGGAGUGUCUCAAUAUUUGAGGCACUAGGUCAAGUGUUCCCUCUUUGGUUUGAGAAGGUAUUAAUGUUGUUGGCGAAUGUCAUCUGAAAUACUUAUUGUUCAAAGCAUUUGCACUGUGUUUGAAGGCCUGUCUGUCGAACGCAUAUCGGCAUCCCUAUCCUUUUGACUCGAGAAACUCGAUCAUCUUCUUCUGAUUUGAGUGCCUGAUGUCCUUCUCAUUUCGGCUAAUGUACCUCUGUCACACAGCAGUUACUAUGACUUGCCAAGAUUUUAGUAGAGUCUUGAGGACAAUGUUGCACAAAACCACUGUAUAAAUUUAGAAUGUAAUUGUUUUGUAGUGUUUGUAACAUCUGAUCUGCCAGAGUCUGACGAAUCAAAAACAACAGUUAUGGUGCAAUCGUAUUAACUAAGAACCAAGAGUCUUCUGAAUUCAUUAAUAUUAUAGAUGACUGGUUAUCGACACCAUGUUUUUCAUAUGUUUAGAAGGUUAGUAUUGAUUAUCAAAGCAACUAGGGUUCUUACACAAAAAUGUUAUCGAGGA